AUGCAGAGGAAAUUAAAAAAAAUGGCAUCUGGAUUCCCCGGCGGCGGCGGUGGACCGGAGUUUUACGGCGUCGGUGGUAGAUCUAUGACUGGAGGUCCCGGAACCGUCAUCAACGCCGGUAACAAUAAUCCUCAGCCGACGUCUCAGGCGCAGCAACAGUCGGAUUUGGGUUUAUUUGGUGGGGUCCGAAUGGGAUACGGGUCGGGUAUUCCGACUUUAUCCGGCGUACCGUGUAUCGAACCGGUUCAGAACGUAAACCGGGUUGAGGAAUCGGAGAACAUGCUGAAUAGUUUAAGAGAGCUUGAGAAACAGCUUUUGGACGAUGACGACGAGGGUGACGCACAAGGCGGCGAUGAUGACGUGUCUGUUAUCACGCAUUCAAACAGCGACUGGAUACAAGGCCUCGUGACUCCGAACCCGAACCCGGUUUCGUCUUCUUCCCCGAGCUCUUCCUCCUCCUCUUCCUCGCCUUCUACAGCUUCCACGACGACGUCGGUAUGUUCGAGGCAAACCGUAAUGGAGAUCGCGACGGCGAUCGCGGAAGGGAAGACGGAGAUAGCGACGGAGAUUCUGGCGCGUGUUUCUCAGACGCCGAAUCAGAGGAGGAAUUCCGAGGAGAAGCUGGUUGAUUUCAUGGUGACGGCGCUUCGAGUGCGGAUUUAUCCGGCGGAGAGCUCCGUCCUUCCUUCGCCGGCGACGGAGUUGUACGGGAAGGAACAUCUAACCUCGACUCAAUUGCUCUACGAGCUGUCUCCUUGUUUCAAACUCGGUUUCAUGGCGGCUAAUCUCGCCAUUCUCGAAGCCGCUGGUAACAACGACGGCGAGGGAAUGACGAUGCACGUGAUCGAUUUCGACAUCGGUGAAGGUGGACAGUACGUUCACCUUCUACACGCGCUCUCUACGCGCCGUCACGGUAAGAAUCCACCGGUGGUUAAAAUCACCGCCGUGACGAACAACAACGACCGGUUUGCGGUCGUCGCCGAUGGUGGAGAAGAUAGAUUAAAAGCCGUCGGAGAUCUUCUAAGCCAACUCGGUGACCGAAACGGUAUCUCCGUUAGGUUUAACGUGGUGGCGGGUUUAAGACUCGGUGAUCUGAGCCGUGAAUCGCUCGGCUGCGAUUCCGACGAGCCUUUGGCCGUGAAUUUGGCUUUCAAGCUCUAUCGUGUACCAGACGAAAGCGUAUGUACGGAGAAUCCGAGAGACGAGCUUCUCCGGCGCGUAAAGGGACUCAAUCCGCGCGUGGUGACUCUAGUGGAGCAAGAGAUGAAUUCCAACACGGCGCCGUUUUUGGGCCGAGUGAGCGAGUCGUGCGCGUGUUACGGUGCGUUGCUUGACUCGGUUGAGUCUACCGUUCCGAGUUCUAACGUGGACCGUGCCAAAGUUGAGGAAGGGAUUGGCCGGAAGCUGGUAAAUGCGGUGGCGUGCGAAGGAAUCGAUCGGAUCGAGCGGUGCGAGGUGUUCGGGAAAUGGCGGAUGCGGAUGAGCAUGGCCGGGUUCGAGUUGAUGCCACUGAGUGAGAAGAUAGCUGAGUCGAUGAAAAGUCGACUCAGUAACGGUAAAGGAGUCCACCCGGGUUUUACCGUUAAGGAAGAUAACGGAGGUGUGUGCUUUGGGUGGAUGGGACGGACACUCGCUGUCGCAUCCGCUUGGCGUUAACUUCACACUCUUUUUUUAUUAUUAUUUUUAUUUUUCUUCUUAUUAUUACCAUAUUAUUAUUGUUGUUAUUAAUUUUCGGGAUAUUCUGAUAUUAUUAUUAUCAUUGUGAUUUUUCCAUUUCGAAGUGUAUUAAUAUAAAAAAAAAAUGGAGGAUCGGAGGAGAAAAAGGAAAGGUAGGAAUCUUAUGUAACAAAGAAAAAGGGCUUUUAAUAUUUUACUAAUAAUAAAAGGAAAGAGUGAUUGGGUUUUAGGGAAUUUCUUAAGGUUAUUUAAUAUUCU